AAUUAUAUUGUGUUCAUAUAUAUUCGUUGAUACGUUAAAAUUAAGCAAAUAACUAACAGACGAUGACACGAGACAGACAAACGUUCAACAAUCGGUCCGAUUAUAAUGAGCGCAUCAUUCAAAUGGAAACAUGGCAGCGGCUACAGGGUCUCAAUCGUCUACACAUGAACCCGCUGGUAUGGAGGGUCUUCGAAAUCCCGUGACCAGCCGACCACCGGAGGACAGCACGGGUAAAGAUCAGACCUCUAGCGGAGACCGGACAAAGAAACCGUGCAGAGCGUGUACAGACUUUAAAUCAUGGAUGAAAACUCAACAGAAACAGAAGUCUUCGGUCCCUGUGCAGGAGAGCACAGCAAAAGAGACUGAAAAACCAGUUGAAUGUCCUCUGGAUAGAGAGGAAUUGGGCAGGAGCUCAUGGUCCUUUCUUCACACCAUGGCAGCAUACUAUCCAGACACCCCAUCUACAUCACAGCAACAGGACAUGACCCAGUUCUUUAACCUCUUCUCAAAGUUUUUCCCAUGUGAAGAAUGUGCAGAAGACCUGAGAUCAAGACUGAAAACAGAUCGGCCGGACACUAGUACCCGGCACAAUCUUUCACAGUGGCUGUGUCGUCUUCACAAUGGCAUCAACGUUCGGUUAGGCAAGCCAGAGUUCGACUGCAGCAGGGUGGAUGAGCGAUGGAGAGAUGGCUGGAAGGAUGGCUCAUGUGACUGA